AUGUCGCAGGAUAAAAAGCCAUUAUCCAGUAGUGAGGUUUUUCAGCCUGCAAAUGAUGGAUUUUGGGGCGAUAUUGAUGAGAGGUUCUUUUCGGAGAAGCUUCCAGAAGAUUAUUUUGAAUUUUCAAGUACCUCCCAUCUCAAAGAGUCAUGA